AUGGAAGUGGCAAGACGCAAUUGUUGUAUACUUGUGAGCUCUAACAUCCAAUUCAGCCGCUUCUUCUCUUGCGGUCUAUUUGACCCCCCUCCCCUCAUACCACCUCACAGGGUUGUUGUCACAGGUUUAGGGAUGGUUACACCGUUGGGUUGUGGUGUAGAAACUACGUGGAAGCGCCUAUUAGAAGGGGAAUGUGGAAUAAGGGCAAUAACUGUUGAGGAUCUCAAGAUGAAUGGGUUUGAUAGGGAGACGCCAUUGCAUACGUUUGAUCAAUUAACAUCCAAAGUCGCCGCAAUUGUGCCCUACGGAACCAACUCACAUGAAUUUAACGAGGAGCUGUGGCUUAACUCUAAGGAUCAUAGAUCUAUUGCCAGGUUUAUAGGCUAUGCAUUAUGUGCUGCUGACGAGGCUCUUAGAGAUGCAAAUUGGAUGCCCACCAAUCAGGAUGAGAAGGAACAAACGGGAGUUUCCAUAGGUGCAGGGACUGGUAGCAUCAGUGAUGUAUUGGAUGCUUCGAGAAUGAUCUGUGAGAAGCACAUACGCCGGCUCAGUCCAUUUUUUGUUCCUAGGAUACUGAUUAACAUGGCUUCUGGCCAUGUUAGCAUGAAGUACGGAUUCCAGGGACCAAACCAUGCUACAGUUACUGCUUGUGCUACUGGGGCACAUUCCAUUGGUGAUGCUGCUAGGAUGAUUCAAUUUGGAGAUGUGGAUGUCAUGGUUGCCGGAGGAACAGAGGCAAGCAUUGAUGCUUUGUCUAUAGCAGGAUUCUGUAGGUCAAGGGCAUUGACGACCAAGCAUAAUGCUGCUCCUCGAGAAGCCUCGAGACCUUUUGAUUGUGGCCGUGAUGGAUUUGUGAUAGGUGAAGGUUCUGGUAUCCUGGUUUUGGAGGAACUGGAGCAUGCAAAGAAGCGAGGAGCUAAACUUUAUGCAGAGGUCCGCGGUUAUGGGAUGUCAGGUGAUGCAUAUCACAUAACUCAACCCCAUAGUGAUGGCAGAGGUGCUAUUUUGGCAAUGACCCGUGCUUUGAAACAGGCGAGGAAUUAA